CAUCGCGUUCGGUUGACCGACUCGCUCAAUUUUGAGUUAAUUUUUUGGCCUGGCCCACUAAAAAAAAAAAACAAAAAACAUAACAAAUCGAAAACAAAGCCUCUUUGCGCCCCAUUAAACAAAUGCUAAAUUAGUCCGUUGUGUAAAGGUGUAAUACCAUGAUUUUGUCAUAAUUUAACUACCGCAAAACCCAUUUAUUUGUGUUAGUUUUAACCUAAUUAGUUAAGCAAAUUACCGACGUGUUUGGUAAAAAUAUUUUUGAAAAAUUCUUCCCCAAAGUGCAGUGUUUGUGUUUGUGCGCGCAAUUGAAAUCGUUUGUAGAACGGUAACAGGUAAAACAACAAAUCAACAAACAAACCAGCCAGCCAGCGAACGAUGUCGGUGAAUAUAACCAUUAAAAUGAAGUUAAAGUUGCUCCCGAGCUGCAUACAAAUGGAGCUGUAAGUAAGCAAACAAACAUUUCCAGCUGUUAAUGAUAGGACGGGCAAAGCUUCCAAGAAGUGGAGGACUCUUACUCACUACCUCUUCCUUGGCGAGGACUAACUGAAAGUAAAUUGAAAUUGCAUCACGUUCUCGGCUCCGGUCCAGUGCACAUCCAUCGGGUUUUCCAUGCUGGCCGACCAGAUGCAGAUAGCCCCGGCGUGAGCACACACACACACAUCGGGCAGGAAAAGAUAUAGCUACAGAGCCACAGCUACGGACAUAUCGUAUAUUUCCCAGCCAAAUGUAUGCCGGGCGGGCGACACAAUUUGCCAAAACCAUCAGCAGCAUGGCGUGCAGCAUUCAGAAACAACCUCAGGCACCACCAUCGGUGGAUCCUGGCACGAGUGGAGUGGAGCGAGUGGGCGGAGGACGAGGUGGUGGCCCCAGUGGAGCUGGCACCGUUCCCUCCACACCGAAAUCCACCAAGUCCGCCCAGCCGAGGGGCUCCCUGCCAACGGAUGUGAGCAACCAGCCACCGUUGGAAUUCCAAUGGCCACCGCCCGUUCCGGUUUCGAUUCACACGAGCAACUUGCGGCUGAACAUGAUGAACCAGGAUCCCAAGGACCUCCAUACGGCCCGGGCAAUCAUCGAGGAGCUGCGCUCCAAGGUGCGAUUCCAGACGGAGCACAUCAUGAAGUGGCGCAAGGCAUAUGCUAUGCAGGUCCAGCAGCACUAUCGGUAUCAAAAGGAGAAGUCAGAUCAGAUGAACUCGCUCACCUCGCAACUCCUGCUUUUGGAAUCCCGGCUGAAGCGGAAGCAGAAGCAGAUUGCAAGCCUGUUGAACCACCGGGAGUUGACCAUUCAGCGACAGCAGAAGAUUAUCGACACGUUGUCCUCACGCCUGGUGGACCAUGGCCUGGAGACCAUCGAAGCCAGCUAUGCCAAUGAACUGGACUCCCUGAACGAUUCCGAUUCGGCGGUGGUGCUGGAGGACAUCGACUCGGACAGCCCGAUGACCCUGGGCACGCGCCGCAAGAGCAGUGGAGCUGGGGGAUUGGGUGGGGUGCUGGGUAGCGAUGGUAUUACCAUAGUACGCUCCAUAUCCGAUGCCAUCGAAACGAAUCACAAUAAGUAUGGAGCGGCCAGGCGAAACAACUGUUUUUUGAGACGCCCCGAUAUCCUGGAAACGGUUUACUCCGUCGAGGAGGAUCCCGAGCCCACCACGGAUGUGGCAGAGAAGCGGGACAAGUUCAAGAACCGCUCGGACAAGGCCCUCAGCUCCAGCUCGACCGAGGGUCAGAUAGAUGCCGCCAGUCCCUCGGCCGCCGACAAAGCCAAAGAGUCCUCGCCAGUCGACGGCGGACCCACUAUUCCACGACGCCAAUUGGGAGCCCUCAAGAGGUCGCCCAGCCACGAUUCACCCUGCACCACGCUCAGUGUCAAGGUGCCCCAACUUCAGCCUCCAUCUCCUCCUCCGCCAUCGGCUUCGGGAGCACAGGAACCGCUCAACGGAAAGAACCAGGUAACUAACUACAACCGGGUCAUGCUGAACCAUCGCUCAGUGACGAAGCCCAAGGACGUGAAGUACAAGCGCAUCAACAAGGCCAAGUCCAAGAGUCUGGAGGAGUUGCGGGGGCGUCUCAAGAACCUGGUGGAGCGGCCUCCGGGAUUGGAUGGUGGUUACUCCGGCGGCAUGAUGCCGCAGACGGCGCAGUCGUAUGCGUGACAUUUGCAGCAGCCGGACGAGGUCGCCCCGAGGUCAGCGGUGGAGGAGAGGAAAGGUCAGCCGGAGGAGGAGACCGCCAGGCAGGGAGGAGCUCGUCCGCGGAGGGAAAGCGCGGAGCCAAUGACCUCGACUUUGACCUCUGCUGCCCAGGAGCCGCAGGCUGGCAGACAUGGCUUUCCCAAGAGGUCGCUGACCCUGCCGCGCAUACUGGUGCCCCGCCACUCGACGGCGGGAUUGGCCAGUUCCAGCGGCGGGGGCGGCGGCGGCGGCGGUGGGCGUGGCGGCUUCUAGCAAUUAAAGAAAUUUUUCAUACGCAAUUGUGAUAAAAAGUAAAAACAUAUUCUUCCUCCGUCUCUGUGCUGUCCAUUUUAGUUGCUUUAACAUGAUUCUCUUUUGUAACAUUUGUUUCCUUGACAUUUAUCCUGAGCUUAGUUUGGUAAACUUUGCAUUUAAAUAAGUUUAGUUUUAGUUUUAAAAAACGGAACUGCAUUUUAACUUAACAUUACACCUAAUUUCACAAGCAAAAUAAAUAAUUUUUUAAACUUA